UAUAAUGAAGAACUUCACUAUGUAGAGCCAUGUCUAAAUGGAACAUUAGUUCAAGCAGACAGAGCCAACAAAGAGCAUUUCAGGGAACAUCUUGACAAACUUUUUGCAAAAGGAAUUGGAAUGUUGGACAUCGCUUUAAGUGAAGCUUUCAACAUGCUCAAUGAAUUCAAUCACACAGGACAAGGAAGUAUUUGCAGCCAAGCCAUAAUGUUGAUUACUGAUGGAGCUGUGGAUACAUAUGAUACAAUAUUUGCAAAAUAUAAUUGGCCAGACAGAAAAGUUCGUAUUUUUACCUAUCUGAUUGGAAGAGAAGCUGCUUUUGCUGAUAACCUGAAGUGGAUGGCCUGUGCUAACAAAGGAUUUUUCACUCAGAUCUCUACCUUAGCUGAUGUUCAAGAGAAUGUCAUGGAAUAUCUGCAUGUUCUUAGCCGACCAAAGGUUAUUGACCAAGAGCAUGAUGUAGUGUGGACUGAAGCAUAUAUUGACAGCACUCUUGCUGAUGAUCAGGGAUUGGUGUUGAUGACAACUGUUGCCAUGCCAGUAUUUAGUAAACAAAAUGAGACUAGAUCUAAAGGAAUUCUUCUGGGAGUAGUUGGCACAGAUGUUCCAGUUAAAGAGCUUUUAAAAACUAUUCCAAAAUACAAGUUAGGUAUUCAUGGAUAUGCUUUUGCAAUUACAAACAAUGGAUAUAUUUUGACUCAUCCAGAACUUAGGCCAUUG